GAUUAUAUGAUAAAUCUGAUAAUUCUUCGAGUUGCCCUGGUGAUCGAUCAAACGAAAACGGCCCAAAGAGAAGUUAUAAAAGGGGUUGCGCAAAGCGAAUUUGAUCCUUUUCGUAUUCAAACUCAGAUGAAGAUAAUGUAUAGCAAUUCAACGAUGGUAGGUACCAAGAAACCGAGACCAAGCAGUGGCUAUUUGGCCAGGCCACGAUUGGGUAUUUUGAAAAAUUUGUACUCCGGCAGACCCAUCUCUACUCCUACACAAGAGAAAAAGAAGAGAAGCAAGAAGAGUGCUGUACCGAGGAUGGAGUUCAGAAAAAAGCCAGACUAUGCAGAUACUGCCUAUCGAGAAGCUGUUUCCAGACUUCGCAUCCUGCUUGCCGAGAGUUACACCCCCAUAAGAAGGAGCUACAGGGAUAUAGAUAGCGCGGGAGAAGAAACCGAUAAUCAAUCGAUAAUAAGCGUCGAAAGUAAGGUUUCUAGGCCUCGUCGUUACUACCCACCAUACUACCCGCCUAUAAUUUCGAAGAAAUAUUAUUAUCCGCAUUUCAAGACCAGCCUCAACACCACAACAGCCACUAUUCCUGACAAGAACAAUGACGAGCCCCCAAAGUAUGAGAACAGUUCUGCUCCACCUGAAAUAUUGUCUUAUCUUGAACAACAAGACGACUAUAUUGAUCAACUGGAAAAAGAGUCAAGAUUCUGCAAGAGCGAACUUUCAUCUCUUCUGAGUAAGGUUAAAGAAGUAAUAAAUGAAAAUGAAGUCCUUCACGAGAAACAGAAAACUAAAUUUCUCAAAUCAGUGUUCGAUGAAUUAGAGCCAGACACAGAAACAACGGAAACUGAAACAGAAUUUAAAAAGAAACAAUCAAAAUCACCGUCGAAGAAGAAAAAACCAACCUUCGAAGCACCCUCCAUAGUGUUCGAAUCCAGAAUAUCCGAAUUAGAGGCUCAAUUAACUCAGGCAAAGAUCGAUUUGAGGAAAGCACAAGAAGAGAAUGAAAGUUACAAAAGGAAAAUAGCAGAUGGGACUAUCAUACUGGAUGGUGUCGGUACGGAAUCUUACAAGAGACAAAUAGAAAACUUGCAGAGAGAAAAAAAUCAACUUCAAGAAUCAGUUGCAAAACUCGAGAACGCUAUUACAAAGUUGAAAUACAAGGAGAAUGAUUCCACGGAUGCUGUUAAAAGGAGUUUAGAUGCUGCAGAACAUGCGCAGUACGAAAAGAAUGCUGCUGAAAUGGAAAUAAGAAGGUUAAAAGAUGAGUUGGAACGCCAACACAGCAAACUGAGGGACGCGAUAGCAGACCAAAGCCGUAGGAUAUCAGAGGAACGAGGUGCUGUAGAGAGAAGGUAUACCCAACAAAUUGAACAGCUAACAACAGAACUAGGUGUACAAUGGGAAACAACCAAUAAAUUACAAAUGGAGUUAGAUAAACAGAGAAGAGAAAAUGGCGAUCUGAGAAGGGAAUGCGCUCAAAAACAAGCUCUAAUCGAUGAGCUGAAGAAGGACAUGCAAAGUAAAAUAAUUACUCUACAAUCAGAUAUAGGAGUGACUGGUGCCGAGAAGAGUGCUCUGGAGCAACAAAUCUCCUCCCUUCAGCUCGCAAAUGAGCGCAAUGAGAGACACUACAAGCAAGAAAUAGCGAGGUUGCAAGCGGAGCUGCAAUCCUUAAGGCAAAGGUCCGACAGAGCUGAUGCCGACCUCAUUCACAGUCGAAGAGAAAAUUUGAGGUUGAACGAGCAAUUGGCCUCUUUGGAGAAGGAGAUGAAACUUAACGCUGCCCUAUCAGAAGAAUCGACCAGAAGACCUGCUCAUCCAGCUGAUUCAAUAGCUCUUCCUUCGCCAACCCAGAAAAAAGAAGAUAGGGAAGAAUUAGGAUCCUUAAUCCAUGAUCUCGAGUCGAAACAUGGAAUGGACCGAGAAAGCCCAAAAAACGCGUCCGCUUCAACUUCAGUCCAACCAACCAAACGCAAGGAGCCAAUUAAACUAGAUAUUAGCGUCAAAGUGGUCCCCAAAUCUCGUAAGGGAUCAAAGGGCAAAUUUAGCUUUAGAGAACCUAGAAUUACAUACACGACUGCGAGAGGUGUGGAAAUGCUUGAAAGAUGUAACAGCACUGGAAAAAUCGGAGAUGAAAGAAGUCAUUCAGCUGGCAAUGCACAAGAAUAUCGAGAAAAAUCAGAAGAACCAAUGACCAAUCAGCAGUCACAAGAAGAAAAUCAUGAACCAGGCAAGCCUACAGAGCAAGAACAUCCUCAAUACCAGAAAGAACUAACAGAUGAGCCGAAAGUACAUAAUCCUGAAGAACAAGAGACUCCACCAGUUGAUACGCAGCAAACUAUUCCUGAACAAUCCGAAGUACAAUACACGGAAUAUGAUCCAAACACCGAACAGCAAUACGAUCAACAAUACGCAUCUGAAGAUCAAUAUAACCAGCAACAGUACGAUCCCAAUUAUCAAUACGACCCAAACACUGGGUAUCAAACGGGCCCCAACGGUGAAUACAUAACCGACCCAAAUCAGCAAUAUGACCAAUAUUCUUACGAGAACCAACAUUACCAAAAUGAUCCAAAUCAGGAUUAUCCAGAAGGAAUGGUAGAGCAAUAUCAAAGCGAUCCAAACCAACAAUUCGCAGCUGAAACUUACGAUCAGAAUCCUGAUCCGAAUCAACAAUAUACUGGGGAUACUGUUCCAGUUGAUUCAACACAACAUUGAAAGGAGCAGCAUGAAAAAUAACAUGAGAUGAGGCGACAGUCUGAAUUGUAGUCAUUUAAAAGUACAGAGGCGCGUACUCACCGACCAACAGAAAUCCCAACUUGCAACGGCAAUAAAAAUCCCAUAAAAUUAUAAGACGCUCGUCAUUGGUUUGACAAUGCUUCGAAGCGAUCCGAGAGCUGUCGGUAUUUGCCGACAAAGGAAAGAAAAAGCUUGCUUCACAACGAAGAACGGAUGACGUACUCACUGCUGCAACAUGAAACACAAGUGAAUUUUAGUUGUCGUUGCAGUUGUGGUCCGACAGUGCCCAAUUGCCCAAUUUAUAUACAUUGAAAAUGUUUUGAAUUUGAAGCUUUACUCAGAAGCGUAAAACACC